GACGGCGGCAGGAUCGUGUCGCGGCGACCCUUAGGGAUACGCUCGGCUUCAGGGCUGCUCCAGGAGGAGGAGAGCGAGGCGCGGCGCGGCGAGCCGCAGGGCCCGCGGGCCGGGCGCAUGGCUUAGGGACGCCCCCUCCCGCAGCGCCCCCAGCAUGGGGAAACUUCACUCCAAGCCGGCCGCCGUGUGCAAGCGCAGGGAGAGCCCGGAAGGUGACAGCUUCGCUGCGAGCGCCGCCUGGGCUCGGAAAGGCAUUGAGGAGUGGAUCGGGAGGCAGCGCUGCCCGGGUGGCAGCUCCGGAUCCCGACAGCUGCGGGCGGCUGGCACCGUUGGCAGAGGAACGCGGGAGCUCGUGGGCGAAGUUUUCAGAGAAACGCUCAGCGAGGAGGAAGAGGAAGACUUUCGGCUAGAAGUGGCCCUGCCUCCUGAGAAGACGGACGGGCUGGCCAGUGGAGAUGAGAAGAAGAUGGAGAAGACAGGCGAACCCUGCCCGGGCUCCAAGAAGCAGCUGAAAUUCGAAGAGCUGCAGUGUGACGUGUCUGUGGAGGAGGACAGCCGGCAGGAGUGGACCUUCACUCUGUAUGACUUUGACAACAAUGGCAAGGUCACCCGUGAGGACAUCACCAGCCUGCUGCACACCAUCUACGAGGUGGUCGAUUCCUCCGUCAACCACUCCCCGACGUCGAGCAAGACGCUGCGGGUGAAGCUCACCGUGGCCCCCGAUGGGAGCCAGAGCAAGAAGAGCAUCCUUCUCAAUCACCCCGACCUGCAGAGCACCAGGCCCAGAGCGGAGACCAAGCCCGCCGAGGAGCUGCGAAGCUGGGAGAAGAAGCAGCGGGCCCUCCUCAGGUUCCAGGGUGACAGCCGUCUGGAGCAAUCCGGCUGCUACCACCAUUGCGUGGAUGAGAACAUUGAGAGGAGAAACCACUACUUAGAUCUCGCUGGGAUAGAAAACUACACGUCCCAGUUUGGGCCUGGCUCCCCGUCAGUGGCCCAGAAGUCAGAACUGCCACCCCGCACCUCCAACCCCGCUCGAUCUCGCUCCCACGAGCCAGAAGCCAUCCACGUCCCACACCGAAAGCCCCCAGGCGUGGACCCCGGCUCCUUCCACUUUCUUGACGCCCCAUUCGCCAAGGUCUCGGAGGUCCAGCAGCGGCUCCGGGGUGGUACCCAGGACGGGAGCAAGCACUUUGUGAGGUCCCCCAAGGCCCAGGGCAAGAGCGUGGGUGUGGGCCAUGUGGCCAGAGGGGCAAGAAGCAAACCCCCCAUGGGACCUGCUGUCCCUGCGGUGUCCCCAUCCGCCCACCUGGCCGCCAGCCCGGCCCUCCUCCCCACUCUGGCACCCCUCGGGCACAAGAAGCACAAGCACCGCGCCAAGGAGAGCCAUCAGGGGUGCCGGGGCCUGCAGGCGCCCCUAGCCGUGGGCGGCACCGUCGUGGGGCGGGACCACGUCAGGGAGCUGCCCGCGGUGGUGGUGUAUGAGAGCCAGGCCGGCCAGGCGGUCCAGAGACACGAGCAUCACCACCACCACGAACACCACCACCAUUACCACCACUUCUACCAGACCUAGAGCCCCGCCCCCACCCUUGCCCCACCAUAUGAAGGACCCCCCGCCCCCUGCCCCCAAGGCAUUAUUAUUCUAUUAAUUAUUGUUAUUAUGAUGAUUAUUGUUUAUUAAUAAUUAUUGUUACUCCACUAAUAUUCAGCUAGCCUCCAUGUAGAAGAUAUAUGGAAACACAGAACUAAACUUUUAUUUAUAUGUCGUGGGGACUGCAUAACUUACCCAAGAAAUGACUCUGGGUUUGGAAGUGGCCUGUAGUGGCAGAGGCUCCCUGGGGCUCCGGAGCUGCGGUGUCCACGCAGGCCAUUCCACACCCUUCCCAGCCCCGGGCAAGCCCUCGGCCAGAACUCUGCCCCAUCCCAGUCUCUUCCAGGAGAACACCCUUCCCUGGCCCGGCUUCCAGAGACCCUUGAAAUCUCCGAGAAGAUAAACAGCUGCUACCUCUUAGUAUGAUUCUGAUUUUAUUUUGCCCUUAACGGAUUGUAAUGUGCUACAAGGGAUUUCGGCGGACUGCGCGACCUUCCCAGCUGUUGUGUUUUUAUGUCCCAACCUAGAAAGCUUAGCUGUCCUUUCUGGAGUUAUCUUUCACACCUUUCCAGUGGGAUCGCGCCCCUGCCCCAAACCAGUCCCAUCUUUUCUGUCAUGCGCAACAUGAAAAUACAUGUCUCUUUUUUCUCUCCUCCUCCUCUCUUCUUUAGAAAGAUACACACCCAUAUUUAAAGACUGCCCCUGAAACCAGCCUUCUCAUUUUGGAAACCUCCGGAGAGGGAACCAACCACAUAAACAAGUGUGGUUUUCCAAGAUCAGGCAAUUGUGUGUUGUUGGUUGUGACCGAAGAUGUGGAAACCUGGCGUCCUACCAUUGGCAAAUAUAUACGUACCUACGUGGUUCUCUAACAGAGCUUUCUGUAUCUGUAGAUAGAUGCCAUCUGUCCAUUUCUAUGUAUCUUUCUAUAAAUAUACACUCUCAGGUACCUUUUCUGGUGUGCAGAAGUCCGUGCUUUGCUUCUCAAGACACAUCCAGGGCCCAGACAUGACCCUGUGUGCCUCCUGUUGGGGCGCUGUUCAUUAGAUGCCAAUGGCCACUUGCCUUUCAUCAGGGAUCCUUUCUCGAGGUUUGGGACCUGGCAGAUUUUGGAGAGGACUGUUGGAGUACAGAAGCGUGGAGGGAA